GAGCCUCGACGAAAAAGGCUGCUCACUUUAAAGUGUCAGCAAUACAGUACAUUUUUCACAUUUUUCACAGAAGAAGAAAGACCUGCUGUAGCUACCGGGAGACACACAAACUGCUGUGGCUCCGACUCACUUCACUCUCCGGGUUUUACAGGUCCUGGUGUAGUGUGGAGCAGCACAGAGGAUGGUCUCUAUGGAAGGAGGACACUGAGGACAGGGAACAGCAUGGCAGCUUUCAAAAUGGAAAAUGUGGAGGACUUGUAUGAAAUUGGAGAUUUGCUUGGCAGUGGACACUUUGGACAAGUGCGGGAGGUGCGCGAAAAAGCCUCCGGGUCCCGCUGGGCUGGGAAGUUCCUGAAGGUGCAGAAGAAUGAAGGCAACCACAUGGGGUUGGAUAGCAGGCGCGUGAAGAAGGAGGUUGAGAUCCUGCAGGCCUUGCAGCACGAUAACAUCAUGGCCCUGAAAGAUGUGUUUGAAAGUGGAGCGGAGUUGGUGCUCAUCAUGGAGCUCAUCAGUGGUGGGGAGUUAUUCGAUUUUGUUGCUGAGAAGGAGAACCUUCUGGAAAGUGAGGCCAUUGAGUUCAUCAAGCAAAUUCUGCAUGGUGUUGGAUAUAUGCACAGCAAGCAUAUAACACACUUUGACCUCAAGCCAGAAAACAUCAUGCUGUCCGACAAAGACGCACCAAUCCCUCAGAUCAAGAUAAUAGAUUUUGGGCUGGCGCAUCGCCUCACACAGGGAGAGGAGUACAGGAGCCAGUGCGGCACUCCUCAGUAUAUUGCGCCAGAGGUGAUCAGCUACGAGCCCCUGAGUCCUGCAACAGACAUGUGGAGUAUCGGUGUCAUCACCUACAUACUACUGAGUGGUAUGUCACCCUUCCAAGGAGAUUCAGAUGAGGAAACGCUAAAGAACAUCGUAGGGAUGAACUAUGAAUUUGAAGAGCGAUAUUUCCCAGACACCAGUGAGGCGGCCAAGGACUUCAUUCAGAAGCUAUUAGUCAAAGACCAGAAUAUGAGGAUGACUGCUGAAGAAGGUAUUCUUCACCCUUGGAUCAAGCCCUUCUCGAGAGGACACGCAACUGACCGAAAACGCUCCUCCAUCAACAUGAAGAACUUCAAGAAGUUCAAUGCAAGGCGGAAGUGGAAGCUCUCCUGUAAUAUGGUGUGGAUGUGCAACCGCCUAAACAACCUACAGCUGCUGCGCCAAACGGCAGUCCCGAUGAACGUGGAGAAGGAGAAAUCCCACAGAGACCAGGAGGACAAGCAAACCAACACUUGAUCCACAGAGGACAGCAGUAUAUGAGAGGCAAGGCUGACUGGUCAAAGCCCUGGUGGUAUAGAUGUGUACAGAGGACACCGUCCACCUGGAUUCACUGGACAUGGCCUCAGCUGACUCAGGGGCAUCAGAGUCUAAGACAGUUACAAUGUUUGGCAUAGUAAAGUUAUCUCCUUACAGUUAUUUAUUCAUUUUUAUAUUUGGUCAUUUUCUUUGGAUUGAAAAAAUAGAGGACGAACUCAGGCUUCCAGACGCAGACUUUCCGUUAUUGAACGUUAUCAUAUCUGGAUGGUUAGUGGAAUUUUAGAUAGUGGAAUUUUCUGUGUUUUUUUUUUUUUUUCUGAUUUAGAUAAAAAAUGGUCUGUGAUGACAGGAUGGAAUCAUGUCACUAAACUGCACAAUGCACAGCACCAGGCAAAAGCCUGAGUUCACCUGGGUAGCCGCUGCAAUGCUUUUAUGGGACGAACUGGACAGAAGAGUCAAAGUGAAGCAAAACACAAGUGCAUAACCUCUGUGGAAACUGCUACAGAAGAGUUGGCAAUGCAUAGCGGCUGAUUUUCUGCCCAAACUUGUCAGCUGAAAGCUUUGUGAAAAAAACAGCUUUCCAGUACUGUACCGAGGCUGUUUAAUGCAAUGAUCAGCAUAAUAAAUGAAUCAGUCAUUAUUGUUUUCACAUUUACCCUUUUCUCUUACCAUUUAUUGAAGCGAAAAUAAUUGAUUUAGCAUUUUAAUAUUUAAUAACACAACAAUAAAUGUCUGUAUAUUUAUUUAUUUAAAAUGUACAUAUGUAAAUUUGGUGUUUCUGGUGUUUUAUGAAACCGAAGUGUUACCUUUCAGGUACCUGAAAGAGUAGUAACAGCUUGUAUUGCUUUUAUUAGAAGUUAAAUAAAAAUCUAAUAAAUUA